AUGUCUACCGCACAUGCGAAUUCCAAAGUUGAUGGUCGCCAGGAUGUGUCUCGCAAACAGAUAAAGGAAAGGCAGCCGCGUUCCUUGCUCAUGUGGGAUGAGAUUCCCAAUUGGUACCAGUACAUUCACCCUUUGAUAGGUACUUGUCACGAACAUGCGCUCACAAGACUUAGAGAUAAUGAGUAUAUUUUGUCUGGCUACAGUUUUCACGUCUUCAACAACCACAGCGAAAGCAUCCACGUCUUCGGUAAUCAGCUCGACUACCUUGGUAUCGUGAUACUCAUGUGGGGCUCCACCAUUCCGUGCGUUUACUAUGGCUUCUAUUGUACACAACGACUACAAACUACAUAUUACACUCUCGUGUCAGUCUUAGCAGCAGGCUGUAUCUACGCGACGCUUCACCCAGCUUUCCGUCGUCCAAAGUAUCGCCCAUACCGCGCAGCCAUGUAUUCUGGGCUUGGCCUCUCGUUCAUCAUUCCCAUUGUUCAUGGCUUGUUGAAGUUUGGCUGGGAGACGCAGAUGUGGAGGAUGAGUCUAGACUGGAUGGCGUUGAUGACGGCAUUCAACCUUACCGGCGGCGCGUUGUACGCCAUGAGAAUCCCAGAGAAAUGGUAUCCCUAUCGAUUUGACAUCUGGGGCUCGAGCCACCAGAUUAUGCAUUGCCUGGUUGUCUGUGCUGGCAUUGCCCACCUGUUUGGUCUGCUGAGAGCAUUUGACCAUGUACAUGGAUAUGGAAACGUCUGUACGACAUGA